AACUCUCUUUGCAAUUGGUGGUCAUGGCUCGCACGAAGCAGACGGCGCGCAAGUCGACGGGCGGCAAGGCCCCGCGCAAGCAGCUGGCCACCAAGGCGGCCCGCAAGAGCGCGCCGGCCACCGGCGGCGUCAAGAAGCCGCACCGCUACCGGCCCGGCACGGUGGCCCUGCGCGAGAUCCGGCGCUACCAGAAGUCCACGGAGCUGCUGAUCCGCAAGCUGCCGUUCCAGCGCCUGGUGCGCGAGAUCGCGCAGGACUUCAAGACCGACCUGCGCUUCCAGAGCUCGGCCGUCAUGGCGCUGCAGGAGGCGUGCGAGGCCUACCUGGUGGGGCUCUUCGAGGACACCAACCUCUGCGCCAUCCACGCCAAGCGCGUCACCAUCAUGCCCAAGGACAUCCAGCUGGCGCGCCGCAUCCGCGGGGAGAGGGCGUAAGUGGCCACGAAGAACGCAAGUUUUGAACCCAAAGGCUCUUUUCAGAGCCACCUACAGGUUCGCUUGGAUGAGCUGUACCUGGAGUGAAUGGGGUGUUUGCACUCUCCCUGUCCCCUUCCGCCCUCCGGGUACUGAUCAGCUAGGACAGCAUUUGCUGCUGGGACUUAACAGGAGCGGUGCCAGUACGCACCUGUCGGCUGCCCUUUCUCUACCCUGGCCUCCACGCGAGCACUCCAAGCCUCGCGCUCCUUUCCUCGGCUGGGCAGUGUACUCCGGCCAAUUGCAGUGCAAUCUCCAGCAGAGGGUGUUUGGUAGGUCUUAACCUUUUCCUACUGUCGAUAUGGCUGAGCGUAGUUAAGGAGGCUCACAAGACCGUUUUGGGUCUUUAACUCUCAACUAAAUGAACCGGCAAAUCUUAUCAAUUCCUGAAAAUAAUUAGCUCCUUAUUUUGGAAAUCUAUAGGGCGUGCUGCCCAAACCCUGACCUGCAGCUAGCUAGGGCGAUCUACAAGGGCAGCAAUUGAUAGAUGCGGUCAUGUUAGCACUUAUAAGACUGCAACUUGCCAGGAAUCCAGGCGUGGAUUUCCUCCAUUCAUUCUGACUCAGAAAGGACGGAUCCUUAGGCAACCGGCGAGGCCUCCUAGGGGUUUACAAUGGUGGGACCUAACACUGAUCAAGAACCUAUGCUGGCUGGUGCCUGAAAACAGUUUGGCAAUCCCAUUUUUCUUUACUGAGCAACAACACAUCCUAUUGUAAUGGUAGCUUUUCCGUACUGGAAAUAGAGACCCAAUACCUCAAACAUGGGAUCUGUGGAGUUUCCAGUUCGAUUUGUAGCAAUACCAGUAGCAGUGUGGGCAGUGGCCUAUCUGGUACAGCUGGGCAGACCACCACUGUGCCUAACCGGUGGGGUGGGGUGGAGUGGAGUAGCAGCUAAGUAUAUUCACCCCAGGAAUUCAGAGCUUGUUACAGCUCGUGUCUGCACCUUCCUUGUGUGAGAAACAUGAUGUAGUUAGUUAGUCAUUAAGGCAGAACUCGGCCCUUGCACAGGUGGUGGUGCAUGAUCUAUUAUUAAUCCUCAAAGAACCAAGGAGGCUACAGAUUCUAACGUUUCCUCCAAGAAAUUCAGAAGCCUAUGGUGAACCCCAGAGCCAUGCAGGAUUUGCACAUCAGUCAGAUUUUACAGACAUUAGUCGUGGGAAUGUCUAGCCUCAUCACAGGGUUUCUCCCAAGCUGUGGGGAUUACUAAACAUUGGAGGCUUUUCAGGAACUAAGUAAACAGCUCUGCAUGUCAGUGAAAACACAAGUCCUGUGGCAGGAACCACAGGAUAGGGAUACUAGCAGUUUAUUCAACAAACAUUGGAGGCUCUUGGAAUAAAUCCCCAGCUACAGAACCUAGAUGUUGGAUUUCGGAAACAGCUGAAAAUAUUGCUCAGUACAAAGUUUUGGAAACUUGAAGCCAACUUGUAAAUAAUAGCAACGCCAUGUGAUUUCUUUGUGACUUUUGAGAGGGUUAUUGGCUCCCAGUCAUCACAGCAGUACUUUUGCAUCUUGAAAAAUGUAAUUUUGAGGUGGGAUGCAGGAAACACAAAAUAAAACAAAACUGGUGGGUAGGAGGGGGCCCAAAACAAAAAUGUACAUGAAAGUUUGUAACAGCCCUAAAUUAGAAACAACUUAAUAUCUUUUUUCUUUUUUGCAACUUAAUAUCUUUCAAUGGGUGAAUGGUUAAAUGUUUUCCUGCAUCCAUGAAUGGAAUCAUGCUCAGUAAUACAAAGGGAGGCUAGUGAUGCAACAACUGGAAUGGAUCUCAAGAACAUAAUGAUUAGUAAAACAAACAAACAAAAAACUGCUGAGGAAAAAAUUUUCCUUUACCCUUGUAGGUUUUUGGCUGUAAGUUGAUAUAAAAACAGAUUAACAGGAGAAAAAUUUAAUUAUGUAUGCAUGGGAGUCCCAUAAAAAUAUGAGACCAAAGGAUAAGGCUGUCAUUUGAGAUUUAUUAUUUUUUAAAGAUUUUAUUUACUUAUUUGAGAGACAGAAAGUGAUCGCAGGAACUGGGGGGAGGAGCAGAAGCAGGGAGACUGAUGUGGGACUUGAUCCUAGGAUCCUAGGAUUAGUACCUGAGUUGAAGGCUGACUGCUUAACCCAUUCCAUGUCCUUCACCUCUGGCCAACUUCUGCAUGAAGGGAAUAAUACACAUGCCUCUGACACACAUCCUGGGAUCGAGUGUCCUGCGGCUUCGGUCCCCUCUCUACACGCAGACAGAUCUUUACACUCACCUGUUUAGAGCAUCUCUCUUAUAAUGACACAGAUCACUUUUCAACACAUUUUGUCACCUGUUUUAUUUUUCCCCAAUUUGUAUUAUAAAAUAUUCAAACGAAGAAAAAAGACAAAAGAUGGGUUGGUCAUUUAUCUGUAAGCCCUCACCUAAAUUCAGUAACUGAGCACAAUUCACCACUUUUGUGGAUGUGUCUAGGUGCAUGCACAGCUUUUUGCUGAGCCUUUUAAAAGUAGAUUGCAGGGAUCCCUGGGUGGCUCAGUGGUUUAACGCCUGCCUUUGGCUCAGCGCCAUUUCUCGCGUUGUCCGGUGUUUUAGUUUUCACCAAGUUCCGCACAAUUGUUACAAAAGGGGGGGCUGCACAAUUGUUACAAAAGCUGGGGGCUGCUUUUAAGCUCUUUGGUCUGUAACAUCCAGUGACUGCUACUGCGUCUGGUCGC